GCAUAUUCAGAAGCCUGCAGAGAGGUUAGGGUUCUGAAGUUCAUCAAUUUGUGUUCACGGCAAUGGAAGCCAUCACGGAGGGUGUAAACAACAUCAAUAUUUCAGAUUCGUACAAAAAGAAUCGUAUCCAAGUCUCUAAUACCAAAAAGCCCCUCUUCUUCUACGUUAAUUUGGCGAAGAGGUAUAUGCAACAACACAAUGAGGUCGAGUUGUCAGCACUUGGAAUGGCUAUUGCCACAGUGGUUACUGUUGCUGAAAUUUUGAAAAACAACGGGCUUGCUGUUGAAAAGAAAAUCAUGACAUCAACUGUUGACAUAAAGGAUGAUUCUAGAGGCAGACCCGUCCAGAAGGCCAAGAUUGAAAUAUUACUUGGGAAGACCGAAAACUUUGAUGAAUUGAUGGCCGCCGCGGCUGCUGAAGAUGGUGAAAAUGGAGAGAUUGAGGAGCAGGGCGCAUGAAGAGGGUUAAACGCUCCCCUGAAUCUGGUGAAGAUAUGUUGUGUGAUGACUUGCAUUUUUGUUCUUAGGAUGUAGUAGCUAACCAUAGAAUUCAUUUCAGACUAGCCUGGAACAUUUAGUUCCAAAUCUCUCUCUCUCUCUCUCUCUCUCUCUCUCUCUCUGUUCUUUUUUCCUUUUUACCCCUAGAAAAGGUUUUUGUGUUCUCUAUCCUUCAUUCCUCUUGCUGUCUGUUGAGAUCACUUUUUCAUUAUUCAUAGCGAGGAUGCGUUGUUGUGUUUUUAAGAAGUGAUGACACUUGGCUUUCAGCAAAUAUCAGCUCUCAUUUUGCCAAUUGUAGUCAGUCUUCUGACAUCUGGUGAUAACAGCUCCGAAGCCGUGAAAAGGUGUCGAAUUAGUUCAAUGAUUGCUCUCAGUCCUUCUCGUAA